AUAGGGGCACUGGGAGCCCGAGUGAUCUGUGACAACAUCCCGGGUCUGGUGAGCCGGCAGCGGCAGCUGUGUCAGCGCUACCCAGACAUCAUGCGCUCAGUAGGAGAAGGUGCCCGGGAAUGGAUCCGAGAGUGUCAACACCAGUUCCGUCAUCACCGCUGGAAUUGUACCACACUGGACCGGGACCACACUGUCUUUGGCCGUGCUAUGCUCAGAAGCAGCCGGGAGGCAGCGUUUGUCUAUGCUAUCUCAUCAGCAGGAGUGGUCCAUGCUAUCACUCGGGCCUGCAGCCAGGGUGAGCUGAGUGUGUGCAGCUGUGACCCAUAUACCCGUGGUCGGCACCAUGAUCAACGAGGGGACUUUGACUGGGGUGGCUGUAGUGACAACAUCCACUAUGGUGUCCGCUUUGCCAAGGCUUUUGUGGAUGCCAAAGAGAAGAGGCUUAAGGAUGCCCGGGCCCUCAUGAACUUACAUAACAACCGCUGCGGUCGCACGGCUGUACGGCGAUUUCUGAAGCUGGAGUGCAAGUGUCAUGGUGUGAGUGGCUCCUGUACCCUGCGCACCUGCUGGAGGGCACUCUCAGACUUCCGCCGUACCGGUGACUACCUGAGGAGGCGAUAUGAUGGGGCUGUGCAGGUGACAGCCACACAGGAUGGGGCCAACUUCACAGCAGCCCGGCAAGGCUAUCGCCAUGCCACCCGGACUGAUCUUGUCUACUUUGACAACUCCCCUGACUACUGUGUCUUGGACAAGGCCGCAGGUUCCCUAGGUACCGCAGGCCGCGUCUGCAGCAAGACUUCUAAAGGAACAGAUGGGUGUGAAAUCAUGUGUUGCGGCCGAGGAUAUGACACAACUCGGGUCACCCGGGUCACCCAGUGUGAGUGCAAAUUCCACUGGUGCUGUGCUGUGCGGUGCAAGGAGUGCAGAAACACUGUGGAUGUCCACACGUGCAAGGCCCCUAAGAAGGCAGAGUGGCUGGACCAGACCUGAACACACAGAUACCUCAUUCUUCCCUCUACUUCAAGCCUCUGACUCAAAAGCACAAGAUCCUUGCAUGCACACCUUCCUCCACCCUCAAUCCUGGGCUGCUACAGCUUCUGUUAUGGACUUGGAGAAUGACCCAGAGGGACCCCAAUGUCCUGGCUGGUUCCUUAGCCCUAGAGAGGUGUUGAUAGGGGAUGGAUAUAGGAGACUGAGUGGCUCCCUGAUCGUCCAUCUGGAGGUUUGAAGGGAAGAGUAGAAGAGGUAGGAGUCUGUCUUCAGAGUGAUCUGAGUUGCACUAAGUCAAGGCCCAUUCUCCCCUUGCUUGCACUGACUUCUGAUCCUCUUGCACACUUGGGUAUGCAACAGGAAGGGAACCUGGAGGUAGCUUCUGUAUUUGAUCCUACUCUACCUAAGGAGAGAUAAGACAGAGAGAAAACUGCCUGUCCCUUCGCUGCAGACAAUCUUAGGCUAUAGUACUCUGCUGAGACCCUGAGACAGCUAGAUGAGUUAGCCACAGUGAACAAGGCUCACCUCAGGCUUUUAAUGCAGCUUAUAAUCUAGUGGUUUUGUGAGGAGGAAAAUCACAAUACUGUCCAGAUACA